AUGCCGAAGUGGCAAGGCGGGGAUGGUAGCAAUGGCAACUGGCAGGAGGAUCAGCUGUCAGCUGCGGUCACCCAGGCCUUGGAGCCGAUCCUUCCACAGGAAACCGAAUGGGACCAGGCCAAACUUGAGAAGAGGGUGAAGCAGUACUUCCGCAAUGCAGCAAAAAACCUGGAAUUCCAUGUGAAGCCAUGGCAAGAACUCGUCGAGGAAUAUGCCGACCACGUUUUUGCCUCUCUCUUUCAGGCAUUGAAGGAGCGACCAUGGCUGAUGCAGGUGGAUUUCCUGAUGGUGGUCGAUGCUGGAGUGAAGGAGCUCUUUCCGCCCUACAUCCUGCAGCAUGUGCCGCAGGUGGUCUUUGAGCAGCAGGUUCUAAGUGCCCACGAUAGAGCCUUUGAGGAGCAACGCUUUGCUCCGAUGCUGUGGGAUACGCUCUUCGAGAGGAUCGAAGACAAGCAACAGAAGACCCGAAUUUACAAUGCCAUGGAGGCAGCCAGAAAAGAAGCUGCUACAGUGACCGGCGAGGGAAAUCCAGUGGAGGAUUUUGUGAAGGCUUGGGUGGCCUGUUCCUUGAGGGAGGUGCAGUCCCAAUGCAACUUACCACUGGAGCAAGCUCUUCCGUCAGACCUCUGCCGGGACAUUUUCCAUGCCCUUUUUGAGGCUGGUGCUUUGCCUCUGCCAUUGACGCAGGAAGGCCAACCACCAGAUGGCCUCAUCAUCAUAGAUCAGGCGAUCGAGGAUGGCUACGCAGGGACCCUGCCAGUGCCUCCAGCACCUGAGAAACCCAAGAGCGCAGGAAAAAGCAAGGCAUCACCAGGAAACGCAUACCGUGCGCCCUCCAGUAAUGUCUACAAGGAGCCUCGAGUUGCGCCCAGCGUUGCCUAUGGCAAUACCUUCAGCCAGGGCAAGGGCGGCAAGGGCGGCAAGGGCGGCACGGGCGCCCUGCGCCCAGCCACGUUCAAGGGAUUUGCCCCGGCGAAGGCUGCAGGGCCCAAAGGUGGCACGUUCAAUACCUUCAGUCAAAAGAGACCGCUGGAGCAGAGCUUCGAACCCAGCGGUGGAGGAGGAAAAGCCAAUGGCGGAAAGUUUGCUCCGGCGAAGUGGCAGAAAACACAACAGCUACCAAAUUUGGCGAUGGGGAAUACUCUAUGCACACAGAUGGAAGAUUGCCUGGGCGACAGCAACAGCGCCCUGGUCCAGCACUUGGACAACAAUGUCCCUGGUGAUAUUUAUUGCACCGCCUGCUGGGCCGUCUUUGCCGACGCGGAUGAGUCGCUGGACGUCUCGGAUGCCCAGGGGACCUGUCCAUGGGGCAUGGUAAACGUAGCUGGCUGCAACAGAUGGGACAAAGCCCAUUUCAACACCUGGCUGUACUGGAGUGGAGUGAGUGGCAACACCAACCACACCGCGGAGUCAAACGCAAAUGCUUCGGUGGAACUUCUGGAGGUCAUGCCUCACGUGUUUGGCUGCAACGUCAGAGACCUCAGAAGGCUCAUCUUCCUAGCACAAGAUCCGUUGGCCAACUGCGAAGCAAGCUGGUCAAGGGCUAUCGCAGAUAGUGCUGGAGCCAACUCAGUGCAUCAUUGUUGCCCCUCGCGCGGAGGAGUAGGUCUGGAUGCCUGGUACAGCAUCGUCUACCGAAGUUGUUGGUCCGACAUCCGCUCCGUGGCCUUGCAGCAGGGCAUUACGCUCUGCGCGCCGUCGCUGCCGGCCGAGGCACUCCUGCCAACCACCGAGGCGCAGGUCCCGGUGUCUGUUCCUUCAGAGGCAGAUGAGAAGCCCGUGUGUGGCAGGUUGCCGGUGGUUCCCGUGUGGGGGACCGUGCUGGAAACCAAAGGAACCAUUUGGUCUGGCACUCGUGAGGUGAAAGCUUGGGAUUAUCAGUUGCACGACACCAAUUGCCGGAUGGGUGUGCGCGAAACCUGGCACAUCGAGCGAUGCUUACAAGGUACGUGGCUGGUGCUCCUGGGAGCGUCCCAAAGCUCGGUGUGGCUGCAGCAAUUGGCCAACACCUUGGUGCCGGGUGCCUUCAACGCCAACCGGGACAACUUCAUCACCGAUGGAGUCUACCUACAACUGAUGGACCUCAUCUUGGAAGAUGGGAAGAUCGUGCACAAGACCAUAGUCUUCACUGGAGACAAGACCCAUCUCAAUCGUCACAAAGGUGUCCAUUCUCAGGCCAGAGACAGUGCAGAGCUGCCCUUUGUCUUUGCCAAAUUGGCAUUGGCUCCUGAGUUUACUGGAAAACAGAUUCGCAUCACCAACUUACUGGCGGAGUAUUGGGAUGAAGCCAAUUUGGGUCUCCUUGCCAUUGAGGGCAUGACCGAAGUUAGCCAUGGCGGCCAUGGCCACGGCGUCAGCACGGCGCCGUCUGAAGAUCAGAUGGCCUGGGCUCGAAGCGUUUUGCUAAGCAACGAGCCACCACCAGGGCUAGGUGAGAAGCCCAAAGAAGGCCUCUCUGCUUCAACUCCCAUCUUUGAAAGCUCGGCAAAGCCGAGAGUGGCAGCGAAAGCCAAGGCAAGCACUGGAAGUACAAGAGCUGCUGGCAGCUUUGAAGAGGACCCCGAGGAUCGUGGUGUGGGCUCCGAUGACUUGGAAGGCCAUGGCAUCUGCCGCUGCUGCGAUGCGGGCCACGGCAUGUGGUCCUUGGGACCCAGGGUGAAACAGCAAGGAGCUUGGUCCUGGUUCAGCUGUGGACGAGAGCCCACGGAUGCGGAGGUGGAGAAGAUGGUGAAGGCUGCAGAAGUGGCGGUGAUUCUCAAUGUCUAUGCCCUGGGAAAUGUACAGGUGGCUCGGACCUUGCAGCCAGCCACCCGCAGCAUUCUCUCUGGUGGUGUCCACGUGGCCGUGGAGAUUUGUGGCACUGAAUGGUCCUAUGGCUGGAGUGGCACGGACGAGAUCGGCAUCUUUUCCCACGAGCCGCGGAAGUGUCCGCAGCAUCGCUUUGUGCAAGCGAUUUACCUGGGAGAUUGUAAGAAAACACCACAGGAGAUCUGUGCGAUCUUAACGAAGAUGCAGCCUGAGUGGCCUGCGAAGGUCUAUGACAUUUUCAGCAAGAGCAGUUGGCAUUUUGCGAUGGCAUUGGUCCACAAACUGGGCGUGGGCACAUUGCCCAGUGGCUUGAAUCGCCUUGGACGUCAGGGGCCCAUUGAGGACUCGGCCAAGGCUGAGCUACGUCGCACACAGCAGAUACCCAGUGAGUACCGGAACAGCUUCCAAAAAGGGAUAGCCAAAUUGUCUGGACCACUGGAGUAGAUGCCUGGAUGCCUAUGCUUAGGUGCUCAGUGCACAGCCAAUUGUUUUAACUGGAUGUUUCCCCACGAGAGUUGCCAUUUAAAGGGCUGGUUCCAGAUGUGAGGACAAAAUGGUAACGUCUAUAGCAAGUAGAUUUGGGAGAACGGGGCAGCCAAUCGCCCAGAUGCUGUGCUUAGCUUAGAUGCAAGGUGCCACUAAGCUCCCAACGAACAUCCAUGUCCAGAUGAAAUUUUAGUCUGUAAAUGCUGCAUGUAUCUUCGGAUCUUCUGAUUUUAGGACGCCGGUUGCCUUGAGUAUGUCUAUCAUUGUCUAUCCAGUGUUUCCAACAUUGGUUUGGUUCCAUCCUGGUCUUGACCCUCAGCUGUGGCAAGAUGCUGUGGCUUUCAGGGUCCGCUUUCAAUGUGCGCAAAAAAGACCUCUGACAGAAGCACCGGAGAUCGG